AUAUCUGACGAAGUCAAUAAGCUGGAUGAUUUAUCUGAAUCAUCCAAAAAUGAUAGACUGGACGUAGAAAUGAUACCUAUGAAGCAACAAAAAGACAAGGAGAAAAAGAGGAAAGAAUCACACAAUAGAAUAGAGAAGAAGAGAAUGGCAUACAUUAACGAGAAAAUUUCAGAGCUAGAAAGCUUCCUUCCAGGAAAUGCCAAACGACGUUCAAGGCAAAGGAAGGGGUUAAUUUUGAAGGAGUCUAUUGAUUAUAUUAAACAAAUUCAGCAAGAACAGACUUUCAUACAACAAAGAUUGCAAGACAAAAUAGAAGAUACAGAUAAUGCUAUUAAAAACCUCUUAUAUAAAUUGCAGCAAGUAGAACUACAGAUUCAGUCAUCGGAAAAACGACAGCUUCACGAAGAAAAAGUCAAUGAAACUCAUGUUAAACAAAAUGGAAUUACCACUGCUACCUUUCCAAGAACAUAUUCUCCCCACACCAACCCUCCUACAGAAGUAUACACAACGAUGCAUCGUUCAACUAUUCCAGGUCGACUAUGUCUAACUAAAGGCCAUUAUUGA